AUGACGGAGAACAAAGUUAACAUCACGGAUAAUCUGGAAACAUUGAAAGAAGGCGAAAUUGUGACUGAUGAGAAGACGGGAAAGAAAUACCGCGUCAAAAAGAACAUUUUGCCACAUUAUUCAGCUGGAGGACCACAUGGACUGGGUAUAUUUUGUUAUUAAAAAACAAAAAACAGUUCCCACUUUGUAGGUGAUCCAGAAGAUCGAACCCUGCGCAAGAUCGAAGCUGAUGUGAUCAUUCCGAAUCGCAUGAACACACAGAUUGAAAGGGUCGAGUGCAAUGAAUCCUAUCUAGGUUAGUUCUGGAACCCGAUGUUCUUUAUUUGUAUUAGUUUGUUCAUAGAAAAGAACUGAGACUGAUUUCAGGUCUCGUAACUUGCUUCAGAACAGACGGCGCCGUGUCUGGUCUCAAUUCGUGCAAACCAGCUCUAGAGCUCUUCAACCGGUGCAAAUACGAAAAGUAAUUCAGCUCGAAUCGAAUUGAGAUUGAUGAAACUCGAUAAAUUUUCAGAUUCCACGAUCCUGCGUUUCGAGCGAAAAUAACCGACGACUACAUUGCGGAAAGAUCGGCUGCGCGAGCCACGGGAAUGACGUCACAGCAGAGAAAACUGGAAGAAUAUCGCGACUGGAAGAAGACUAAUGACACAAAGUGA